AUGACUUACCUUCUACUACCAUCAUGGGCCGAAUUCGCCUGGCCUCUACAGUUUUGCGCAUUCGUGACGGCGGCGACGUAUGUUGCAUCCAUUGUAACGGCUAAUGUAUCUCAGGUCGACCGUCUCUGGACGUUUCUUCCGGUCAUCUAUUCCGCAUACUUCGCCUUGCUGCCUUUGUGGCCAAAAUCAAUUCAGCCGUUUCCCUUGUGUCCAUAUGUACCUGACGAGCUCGUGGCCUUCGCCAGCGACUACAGCUUGCGCGCCGUAUUGAUGGUCGCGCUCGAAAUUAUCUGGAUGUACAGGCUGAGCUAUAACACCUACCGUCGCGGUCUGUUCAACUUGAAGGACGAAGAUUAUCGAUGGGCUGUACUCCGCACCCAACUCCCUGUGUGGCUCUUCCAAAUCACCAACUUCGUUUUUAUCUCCGGAAUUCAGAACAUACUGCUCCUGUCACUUGGAAUUCCAACAUACAUCGCUGCGGUACAGCAACCGCACAAAGAUCUUGUCCCUUCUGACGUCGUCCUUGCAUUAUCCAGUCUUGUCAUACUUUGCAUUGAAUUUACAGCCGAUAAUCAGCAGUAUGCUUUUCAUGCCUACAAACAUUCAUACCUCAAAGGCACGGACGACUACGAUGAAAAGAAGCAGUGGGCUGGUGCUCGUCUUAACUGGAACCCAGCGGACGCAAAAAGAGGAUUUGUGACCCGUGGAUUGUGGGCGUAUUCUAGGCAUCCAAAUUUCACUUGCGAGCAGCUUUUUUGGUGGACAAACACGCUCUUCCCUAUAGUUGCGCCGUUCCCGCCGGACGUUCCCCACUGUUCCUUUACUCGAUGCUUCGACAUCUAUCCAUACCUAACUACGACGCCUAUAGCAGAAAUUCUCAGGGAUGUGUCACCAUUUUGGCCUCUGUUUCCAGCUGCAAGCCUGAGCAUCCUUUUCCUCGCGUCUACCAGGUACACGGAACAGAUCACAAAGUCAAAGUACCCUUCGUAUGCACUCUAUCAAAAGAGAGUCGCAAUGUUUGGUUUCAUCAAAACAAUGGAAAUGUCUCUAUAUUACAGGCUUAGGGGAGGGGAAAGGAAGAAAGAAAUUGAAGAGGCAUUGUGGGGCUCGGAUACAGGCAAAGACAAGCAGCAAUAAAAUUUUCUUACGUUCUGUCCUUCUCUAGUUUCUCCACGCUGUACUAAGUAGUAGUAGUAGUCGUCGUCGCACUGGCAAGCGGUCUCUAAAAAGGAAACAGCCAAUGUUUUCUGCGCCGUUGCUACCAAGCCUUGUCAAUAUACUUCAUAGUUGCAUCGCAGACUGCGUAGGACCCUGCCGCUGUGACUGACAACAUAGCGUUGAGAACUAUGCAGCGCCUCACGGGAUCGGAUCCAUACGAAGGGACUAGGGAGUGAACGAAGAGAAAU